CAUCCAUGCGGAAGGUGCUGCUGUCGUCAUUUCGCAGUUGUUCGAAAAUUCAUAUUGGCAUAUCUGAGCCGAUCGCAUGGAGAACCCGAAAAGAAGAAAAAACGGAACCUAUUGCUGCGUGGUAGGGUGCCACAACAGUCACGUUAGCGUAAGAGGCAAGCAGCCCGCCAUAAAGUUCUAUUGCUUCCCGACCAAAUGGUACGAGAAGGAACGGCGACGACAGUGGAUAGCUGCUGUACGUCGAGUCAACCCGGAUGGCACUGCUUGGGAGCCGAGCCCCACAACCUUAAUAUGCAGCGCGCACUUCGUGGGAAACACGAAAAGUGCAGAUCAAGCACAUCCAGCGUAUGUUCCAACGGUCUUUCCAGCAGUCUACAAAGGAAAGUCUACCGCUGGACUUGCGCCGAUUGAACGCUACGCAAGAUCGAAAAGACGUGCCACGUCACACAGCAUCGUCGCGGAACACGUGACAGAAAGCGUUACUGCUGCUUCGGACGUGUGCAUGCAAGAUGUGAACAUUUAUGAUGACUGUGAGCUGCCUGAUGGAAAAGUGGCGUGUCAGCACUCAUCUGUGGAAACACAAACAGAUGACAGCUGCCUAGGCACUACCACUAUAUUUUCCAUGUUCACCUGCACAAUUUUGGAGAAUACUGCAAGUACACAGAUCAGCCAUGCGUCUCAGACUGAAACCGGGGUUCAGGCUAUGCCCGAAACAAAGUCAGCUGCUUCUGGCCCUACGGAGCGUGUCUGCAUCUUUCAAGGAUAUGAAAAUGUUCGUAAUGAUGUGGUAACACUGCAAGACUUAUGUGGUGUAAGCCCACAAGGCUUCGCCUUACUUCUCAGCCUGCUUACAAGCUUCCGGGUUAGGGUACACGUGGAACGAGCCAUACAACGACUGAAAAUAUUUAACGUCUUGAACAACAGAGUGCCAGCUGACCUUGUGCCAUACAUGACAGACAUUUUUCGCAUGUGUGCAGUUCUUGUAAAUCUCCAGCCACCAAUCUUUAAAUCACCAGAUGGACCUGACGAAGAAGAUUGCUACUGA